CCGGCCGGGGCACCCCGCGCUCCUACCUGAUCAUGACCCCGCGCCGGUCCCCGCUGGGCCACCCCGGCGUCUCCCGCUGAAGGGACCGGCUCCUUUCCGACCUCCGCCGCUCCCCGCCUUCUCCGCCCGCUCGCCGCCGAGGCUGCCGCCUCUCCCCGGAGCCCCGCCGGAGUGAUGGGCUGCAUCGGAUCSCGCACCGUGGGAAAUGAGGUGAUUGCAGUAGACUGGAAGGGACUGAAGGAUGUGGACCAAAUCAAUAUGGACAGCACGAGUUCACUGCAUGGCAGCAGCUUCCAUCGACCUUCCACUGAGCAAACACGAACGGACUUCUCCUGGGAUGGUAUCAAUCUCUCCAUGGAAGAUACGACCUCCAUCCUCCCCAAGCUGAAACGCAACUCCAAUGCUUAUGGGAUUGGGGCUUUGGCUAAAUCAUCUUUCUCUGGGAUAUCUCGCAGCAUGAAGGACCACGUGACGAAGCCGACGGCGAUGGGCCAGGGCCGCGUGGCUCACAUGAUCGAGUGGCAGGGCUGGGGCAAAGCCCACAGCCAGCAGCAGCAGCACACGCAYGAGAGCGCGCGCAAGGACGCCGACGCCUACUCGGACCUCAGCGACGGCGAGAAGGAGGCGCGGUUCCUUGCAGGAGUGAUGGAGCAGUUUGCUAUUUCUGAAGCAACUCUCAUGGCCUGGUCCUCCAUGGAUGGUGAGGAUGUGAGUGUAAACUCAAAUCAGGACAACCCAGCUGGCAACUACUCUGAGAACUAUCAGGAGCUGAUGGAGAGCCAAGAGCACAUGGCCCAGACGCAGUAUGACAGCUGGCCUCAUUCCUACGUCUCGCAGGGCAUGUACUGCUUGGGCUCGUCCGACGCCUGGGAGGCCAGUGACCAGUCCCUGAUCGCCUCCCCAGCAACUGGUUCCUACUUAGGCCAGAAUUUUGAUGAGUCCCAGACAAACCUUCAGGAGAGCAUCUUGCUUCAGAGCAACUUUCUCCAGCAGCAACAGCUGCAGCAACAGCGGCAGGAGCAGAACUUCAUCCAGAGCACGGGGCUGGUCCACGUGUGGCCCCUGCAGACUGCUCAGAGUGGGGGUGGAGCCGAGUCCAGCACGUACAUGGAGGACCACAUUGAGGAUGAAGGGAACCCACGGCUGGAGAAGGCUCCUCUCCUAAACAAGAAGCCCUCGCCGGAGGAGGAUGAUGCGGUGUGCCGGGACCUGGAAUCUUUGUCUCCUCGAGAGGAGAUGGAACACGCUGCGCUGAGCCGCAAAGUCUCAGAUGUCACCUCCUCUGGGGUGCAGUCCUUUGAUGAGGAAGAGGGAGAAACAAACAACUGAUGCUUUCUGUGAAGUUCUCAUCAUUGCUGAGCAAAGAGAGGGGUGGCAAGGAAUGCAGUUACAGGGAUUCUUCUCUCCAGCUCCCCAUAUUUCCAAGCAGACACACCUUCCAUUCCUGACAUUUAAUUAUUUUUUUAAACAAGAGGAAAAUCUCAAAGUGAUUGACACAUAAAAACCUUUUCUUCCCCUCCCCCGUGGACACAUAUUUUGGAUUUUCAUUGCUCUGGGCAACAUGUGAUGUGCUUGGAGAGAUCUGGAUUGGUAAAUAAUUUCUAAAUCUUUUUAAUACAAAGUCUUGGCUGUGGAUAAAAACACUUCUGGUACUGGGGAUGUGUCUGGUGAGACAGGCUUGGUAUAGGGAGCAGCUUUGUGACUAGAAUUCAUCUUGGCAGAAUGGAUAUCGCUCUGUGGACAUGGCCCCCUUUGAUAGAGUACAUGAAAUAUAAACUGGUUUAACAUGAAGAUGUGGCUUUGCAAAUCUAGAUUGCACUAGAAUUGUGAUUGUGGCUGAUGCAGAGGAUCAGGCUGUGUUCCAUACAGACYGUACUGAGAUGAAAGAUGUGCUGUGUAACCAGGUCCUCAGCAGCACCUUGAUCCAGAGUUGUAGGUUUGAUGGAUUCAAACUGCGCUCCGUGGGCCCACGCUGCCGGCAUGGCUCUGUGGGCACGGCUCUGCUGUGGAAGAACGGAUGCAGAUACCAACCUAACCCUGCUCUCAGAUAUUCAUGCUUUGGUCUCUUAUUUAUUUGUUUCUCUCCUUGACAUUUCUGCCUUCCCAGGAGCUGGCAAGAGUGGUGUCUCCUUUUGGCAGUGGGCACUGGAAGCCAGUGGAAAGGACAUUUUCAGCUACAGAGACAGUCAUAAAAAGCUGACUCUUGCAGGGGGCUUGAGAACAGGUCCAUCUCGGUGCUGCUGCUGUAUCCUUCUGUCUUUUCCUUGCCAGCAGUAYGGGGAGACCCAGAGAGUAGGCAGCAGAUCCAGGAACAGUGUGUACAGCUAUGAGAUCACAGAUACCUAGUUUACAUUCGAGUUUUCAGUUUUUGUGCUUUUUUUUAACCUUUUUAUAUGCUGGGUAAGCGUUCACAACAAAGCAGUUAGUAAUGGGAAAGGCCUGUACUCCAGUCAUGAUUUAACAGAAAUACUGCACCUUUCCCAUUUCUGCCGCUCCUGCAGUGCCAAAUACAGCUGGAGGAAAAGGGAUGAGGAAAUUUUCUCCUCCUAUUUGUCUUCUUCUUCCUGCCUAUGUUUUCUUCUUUUGUUUUCCUACCCCCAAGCAGUGUAAAUAAUGCUCAGUACUUGGUCUGUUUGCUUUUCCCUCCCAUAUCUUUUUUAGGUGUGGAGAAAGCUUAUUUCAGGAGUUUUCCCUAUUUGUACAGGUUAUAUAUUUUUUGUUAAAAAAACUUGGUUCUCUGAUUAGGGGGAAUUUGGUCUCUUGCAAUUCCUUGACAUUUUUUUACAAACCUCCUCUUGGGAGGGAGAGAUUUUGAAAGGAAAUUGUUUUCCUUUCGGCUCUCCCCAGAAAAUAAACAGGGACAAAAGCAAAAAUUGUAUAAGGUUAUUGAUUUUCUGGAGGACUGAACAGAAUCAGCAGAGAUUACCCAGGUGCUGAGUUUUAAUUGCAGGAGCUCUUGCAAGGCAACAUUAGCAAAUCACGGGCAUAGAUCAGAUGCUGUAUCUGAUGAGCUAGAGAAAGGAAUUUGCCUGGACACUGCCAUACUGUUCCAGGAGCAACUCUUUCUCACUUACUCUGACUCAUAUUUGCUCUGUUUAAUUCAUGAUACAUUUGUCUCUUCUUUGCCUCCUCUUCAGGCUUGGUGUGUUUUUUGGAUGACAGGAGAGUGAUACAUGCUCCCGCCCUGCUUCAGGUUUAGUUCCUGCAUAUUUUCAGGGAGGAAUGUCUAAGGAGAAUAAGAAAUGUCAUCAAGUCUCAGAGUUUAGACAGCUCCUGGCAAGAAAAGCAAAUGAUGUCCAGGAAUUGUGAAAUGUAGGAAUGGGACUCUCAGGUAGAACUUUACCCCACUCAGCUUUUUCCCACUAACACAGCAGCUGUGUAAAGACUGACUCCUUUUUGAAUACCCAAGUCUUUCCAGCCAAGUCCACUUCAAGCAGAUCUGUCUUCCCUCUCCGUAGCACCUCUAAAUGAAAGACCUUUGGGAUGUUUAAGACUGGUACUUCGGUGUAGGUAAGAGAGAAAAGCUUUUUGUGACCCAUCUUUUUUUACGCAUUUGCUUGGUCUUGCUUACAUCCCUCUAGGGAGAUAGCUCUUCUGCUGAAUGAUGACCUUUCAAUAUAUCUUCAAAGAUGUUUACACAUUAAGGUAUUAACCUCCCCUGGGCAGCAGGGCUGGAUAGACACGAUCCUCUGUAGUUCUUGCAGGGCCAGUGGUAGUUUGUUGUCCUGAACUGGCUUGGGUCUAGCUGUGGAGCAGGGCCUGGGAAAUCAUGCCAGCCAGAAAAGGGAGAUAGAGCAAGUGCCAAGAGCACUUGCUCAGCAGAUGAGUAAAUGAGUAAGUCUAAACCAUUUUUUAUUUCUUUUUAAAAAGGUCUUCAGGGAAACAAAAAGGGUACGUACCUUUGUGGGAGAUUUGGGUGGCUUGUUGUUUCUUUCUUCAAACAAUUUUGUUUCCAUGUGCCUCUGCAGGACCUAUCUGGAUGUUUACGGUAACUUUUAGAGUAGCUUCUACUGAUCCCUCUGUGUUGUUUACAGGGCUGGGACAAGUGGAUCAGCUUGUCCAGGGCUUCUUUUUCUUUAAUAUGGAUGUGUGGCACAUUUAUUAAGAUAUCUAAUUGAUAUCUAAUAGAUAUUCCUUAUCUCCAUUGAGGGCAGUAACAGGGAAUUAUUUGCAUAGGGAAAAGUGUGAAAAAAAGUUGACCUUACUGGACAUUCUAUGGAGUCUAAAAGGAAGAGAAAACAUAUCUGUAGAUUUUUAUAGCCUCUGUGGAAUUGGGAUAGAGAAUUACACUCUGCUGCAUAGUUCCAUAACCUGCUGUCUAGAAACCUGUAGAUAGCCUCAUUCUCUGUGAAUACAGACUGGUUUGAACACCACUCUAUGUAAAUUUUCCAGCUUACUAAAUUCUGUAAUUUUUUUUUCUUUAACAUUCUGUGAAUAAUAAAAUUUCAGCCUUUUCCUGAAAGAAAGAAAAAGGCUAUUUUCCGUGACCUCUCCACAAUCCAAAAGAGCUAUUUGCUAGGAGUUAGACCAGAGAGAGCAGAUCUUCCUGUCCACACUUGCCACCUGAGUGAGCAUCCUGAGCUGAACUGGAAAGGCAGUUUGAAUCUCUUUGAAAGUGGAAAAUUGUUUGUAUAAUCUGGCCUUUUCUUAUAUAACAGGCCUGCUGCUUGUGUGUGCCCAAUAUCAGAGAGAGACCUGGAACCUWCUGUACGUUUCCCAGAAAAGCUGUUAUUAUAUAGAUGUACCUAUUCAAGCAUAUGGGAGGCACAGGUGCUCUGUGAGCGAAAUUUGGCCUGCAGUCCCUUUAUCCUGGUGAGGAGGGAUGAGUUGGAGAGAGUCCAGCCAAAUAGUCAGAGCCCAAAUUGUGUUUGUGAGUCUGUAAAUAAGAAGGAAAGGUAAGCUCGGUAUUCCUGAUCUGCAGUUACUAAGAAACUGAGCUCUGCUGUUUGUUUCUACAAACCCUUCAUAAAGCAAAGCUUUACUACAGAAAAUUUUGGGUAUUCCUGAAGUAGUGGAGRUGGAAGAUUCCCAUCUUUACCCCAAGGCUUUGUCUUCAGUAGAAAAUUGUUAAAAUUACUGCGCUAAACAUGAAACAAAGCUUAAGCACAAGUGACCCUAAUUUAAAAUCUUUCACUGCAAGAAAAUUCCCUCUUGUUCCUUUUCCCAUGAUUGCUCAGACCUGAUUAGUUAUACUAUUUCAUAAGGUUUUAUUUCAUAUAAAUCUGAAGCUUUCUUUACAAUCCUUCUGGGUUCUCUUCAAUUCCAUUACCUCAGGCUCUGGGACAGAGAAGUUAAUCUGCUUCUUUCAGUUUCUGUGCCUCUGAAUCAUCAUCAUCUACUGGAAAACUGCUGACAAGUCAUCUGCUUGCUUUCCCCGUUAAAAAACUGUAACAUCACCUUUCAGAACAGGCUUGCAGCAGAGAUCGAAGUUUAACCAUACCUGUAAGCUGAUCCAGUGCUGAGCUGCUUUGGAGGAGGAGGAACUCUGCUCUGACCAUGCACACCACAAGCCUCGGGCRGGUGUUGAUAUACAGCUGACCCACACCAAGCCAGGGACUUUUACUCUGCUGUAAAAGUGAAGAGGGAAGAGCUGUGAGCAGAGGGAGAGAGAGUGCUGUUGUCAGCAGCUGGCCUUCCUUUGUAUCAGGUUAGAGAAAMUGGGAAAAUGUGCUUUGAAGUGACAUCUUCAUGAUGGCUCUAAGCUACUCAAAGGAGCUGUCCUGCCUCCUUUCUUCCACCACCACCAGCUCUGUACUUCUACUGCCUGAAAAGCACCAGCACUAAAGCUCAUUUGGCUGCUCAGGAACUGGCCCCAUUGGAAACUAGCCCAGUCCCUACCUAAAGAAAGGUUUCAGUGGGAUGAGCUCUUCAUAUUGCUUCUCUUUCUGAGCCAGGCAUUGCUGAAAGCUGGUGAAAUUUGUAGAUGGUCGUAUGGAAGACUGGUUGCAGAUGCAACUACAGUUGGCUUAAGCUGAUUGUUACAUGUCUGUCUGAAAAGAAUAAGCCCUGAUGGGGUACCAGGAAAGGCAUAUUCCCUCUUUUCUUCCUUAGUGUUUUCUUUGGAAUUUCUAGUAUGCUCUUACCCAGUUUAGUCUUUGUUAUUUAUGCCCUGUUAUUUCCCUUGCUGUUCCCUUCCACAGGCUCCUUUGAGGUAAACUCUGGAAACUGGGGAGGAGGACAUGAGUAACUUGAUAUAUGCAUGAAAUUAAUAAAAUUAACAUGCACAAAUCGUGUAUGCAUUCAAUGAUUACACUCUGUGGCAGCUAAAGAUACUGAUGACUUUUGUCCUGUAAUUGUGAGAGGGGAGACUUGAKCAAGGGUGAAGCACAGCUGUUGGAAGUGACUUUUAUCCCUGUCUUUAGGCCAGUUCCAAUCUAGUGUGAGAUCCAGAAGUGCACUUCACACCUAGGCAGASUCUGUGCAUGCUGUUCUGUGUACAGCAACAAUGAAAAAAUUUUAGUUGUCGUCUUGGAGAAGAGACCUGGAGAACGAAACUGGUCUCUGUGUGACGGAGGUGUGAGGUUUGAUGGUGAGGCGAGGGAGUAUGCAACAGUACAGGCUUGUGGACAACUGUGUGUGCCAGAGAGGGAAAGACAUGGAAAGAAAGGCUUGGAAAAAGAUCAAGAAAAGCUUGAUGUCUUUUUUUUUAUACAACACAGGUAAGAAGCCUCAUGGCAGACUCACGGCAGAGUGGACUGAGGUACAGAAUUGCUAUAAAAGCUGUAGGUCCAGGAUUGUUGCAUCUCAUGGUACUCCUUAGUCCAAGCCACAAUUUUUUUUUCCUGUAAGACAGUGAUAGGAAAGAGACCUCCCUGAAUCUGGGUACUUUCUAGCUUCUUUUUCAUUGUMUUCAAAAAACAGUUCACAGUAUGCUUAGUUCUUCAGGGAAAUCAUGAGAAAUACACCAAAUAAGAACUUACUCCUUGUCCAAAUGAAAUGAAUGUGAGUUCUGAUCUCAYUGGGAACCCAAAAUACCUAAAUUCAGCUUAGUUUGCCUUAACUGUUGUAUUGGUAAUUGCCUACAAGGAGAGAUAAACUCAAAUAAUCUGCCUCUAAAUGCUACAGAAAGCAGAGCAACAUUGGCAUAGGCUACGAUCUUCCUUCUGAUUUCUCCCAAGUGGAUUUUCCAGCAUUCCUUCUUCAGACUCCUUCUUCAGAUAUGUCAGACAACUCUGGCGUAUCUUUUUAACUAUCUGUUUGACUUUUUCUAAAAGAAACAGAGACAAGAAAGGAAAGRAAAAAAUCCAUUCCAAUACAGAAUACUUUCAUCUUUGAUUUUCCUCCCCUGUAGCAAUCUGACAGGGCUUUCUAUAGGAAAGAUUUCUAUGCCAUGGCUCAGGGAAAGGAAAACUAAACAGGGAAAAUGUGAGUAAAAUAGUGCCUAUCUGAACUAAACGUAUGUGUAGGACAGCCUACAGUCAUUAAAGCACAGUCUCAAAUGUAAUUGCAAGCUGUAAAGUUGAUGUCAGGUGCCUCUUUUGUACCAUAGGCUUUUCCCAAGCUAAGUAGUAGGGAACCUGUGCAGAAGCAGAAGAGCUGGACUUCUGUGCCCGAUCAGUGUGUCUUUGUCUCAGAAUAUGUCAUGGAGCUUGGGGACACUGUGCUCUCUGAGCAGCACAACCAGCUCCAGGAAUUGACUGGGGUAAGGCAUGAGGGUUCUGAUGUUCACAAAUGGACAUGGAAGAUCUGCACUUGGAACAUCAGGGUCUGUUUACAUCCUUGCACUGACAUUUUUCCCCAGCAUAGGCAGAUCAAAGUGUUGUUUUUUCCUUGGAGAUGAAGAGAAGCUCCAUGAUUGUCAGUGUUGGUCUGCACAGAAGGAAAGAAAAAUGUGAUGUAUUUUUCCAGAGCAGAUACACAUUGUUGGAAGAGGAAAAAUUUAGUCAGGCUGUGAUUCUGAGAAAGACCGUGUUUACUAAAACUGURAAGACUUGAUCAAGAAUGUUCUCAGUGCAGAUACCACAGAAUCACUGAACGAUUGGAAGGGACCUUAAAGAUCACCAAGUCCAAUGCCUCUCCCAUGGGCAGGACUUACCUAUUGAUGUGUAGUAGCUGCURUCUUCUAGGAAGAGAGGGGUUGCAGUGUUCUGUGGAAAGAAUGCUGUGCUAGGAUCUUCCUCAUCUCCUUCAGCUGGGAAUAUUUGAAAUGCCCUCUGAAACCUAGUCUUGUUUUUGCUUUCCCAUAAGGGAUCAAAUGCCCAUGCUUGCAAGACAAAAACAUCUAAAAAGGCUUUUCUCCAUUAUGGAAACAAGAUUGUGCUUCUAAAAAGAUAAAGGCAUGUAGUCCAGAUUCACUGGCCUUCUGGAUUCAUUUUCAUUGGGCAUGAAAAUCUAGUCAUGAUUGGAUUGGAAGCCAAAAGGUUAAGAACCCUCUUCCAGAGCUCUGCCAUGUUCCCAUGAGGCAAGUGCAGGUAGACUUCCCUUCUUUUCAGAUACUGCAUGCUUGAGCAAUGUAGCAAGCCAAACRCUCUUUUGCAGGUAUAUAUUCUUGUUUGGCUUUAAUUUUUCUUUUCUGAUUUGUGGAUGUUGUGCAUGAUUGGAGGUCUCUGGAAAUCCCUACACUAUAAAAUUGGGACUCAAAAGUAAUUUUACAGGGAACAGGAUUUCUGUUGUUUCAGCUCUUUUCAGAUAUGGGUAGGUAGAGGCAGAGGAUUUGGGAGGUGCRAGGGUGGUGGUUGGGAGUCUCAGGGGUGGCAUGCAGAAUGGAUUCCUGAAGCAUGUGUAAAAAUAACUAAAGGCUUGGGUCUUCAAAUAUUGU